GACUUUCAUUUUGUUUUUCUCGCUGAAACUGAAAGGCGGUGACUGAGUAGAGUAUUGUUUUCCAUCGGUUGCAUCGAAUAGUGCAAAACAAGCGGAAUCUUUCCAAUUACCAUUGCGUGUGCACUGUGGAAUAUCGAACGUGAAGCGAAAAAGUAGAAGUGGAAAGUGAAAGAGGAAAAGAAAGAAAUAGAUAGCCGAAGCGAAAUCUUGGAGAAAAGUAACGGAAGAAGAAGAAAUUGUGCGGUGAGCAUUUCUGUGUUGAAUGCCGUGAAAGACGAAAGAAAAAGCAAGCCAGCUAGUACUAGAGAAAGGAGCAGAGCAGCGUGUGCUUAAUAAAAAAAAAAAGUAUUGAAAAAGAGAAAUUCCCAACCUAUCCAAAUCCAGCAACAAUAAUAAAAUAGAAGUAGCGGAAACGCUCUCGUGAGUUGAAUUACUGAUCGCGCAAUACACGGCAUGCAGAUCUGAUUGCAACUGUGCAUUGAACGCAGUAAAUGCAAGAGCCCAGAAGAAAAGCCAACAACGUGAGAGCGACUUGUCGUAUUUUAUUAUUAUUUUUGUAUUUGCUGCGAAUUCUCUUUGUGAGCACUCAAAAGUGAAAGACAAAUAAGAAAAAAUAAUAUUUUUACUAAACGCUGAAAAGAUCAACAGCACUAUUUGCCGUACAACGUUAUAGUGAUCCAUCAACAACAACUACUACAUACGUGUAACGCGAAUUAAAUUGAAAACGUUGGAGCAGCAGCAUCAGCGACAGUAACAGCAAGAGACUAGCAAACAGCAAUACCAACAACACUUCCGAUACGGUAUAGUUUGCAUAGGUUUUGUGGAGCGCCCAAGAGCGUGUGAAGUUGUUUGUAUUGGAGUAAAAAGCACUGUGUGAUUUGGAAUAUUUCUUGUUGUCGUCUCUUGACCCAUAUUGGACUCUAUUUCUCAAAACGGUUGCAGCUUUGACAAUAAAAUAAUUAGAAUUUCAAUAAAUAGAAAAACGCUUUUCAUACACACUUUUUGGAAAAUUCAUCAAUUUAAAUUUUACAUAUUAUAACGGAUUGGUCCAACGUCAAAGGGCGCUGCGCUGUACUAAAUAAAUUAUUUCCGAUUUCCUGACUGCGUUCGUAAAUAAAAAAAAGCCGCUUUAAUGAUGUCGUCUGAUCAACAGUUUUUCCUAAAAUGGAACGAUUUCCAAACGAAUAUGGUGACCUCGUUCCGGCACCUGAGGGACGAGAAAAGUUUUACAGACGUAACACUUGCCUGCGAAGGACAAACUUGCAAAGCGCACAAAAUGGUUCUAUCUGCAUGUAGCCCGUAUUUCAAAGCACUUUUGGAGGAAAAUCCUUCAAAGCACCCCAUCAUUAUUUUAAAAGAUGUAUCGUAUAUACAUCUGCAAGCUAUAUUAGAGUUUAUGUACGCCGGCGAAGUAAAUGUCUCGCAAGAACAAUUGCCGGCCUUCUUGAAAACUGCUGAUCGCCUCAAAGUGAAAGGUCUGGCAGAAACUCCCAGUUCCAUAAAACGAGAAGGUUGAUGGUGGUAAAUAAAAAAAAAAAAACAGACGACUAUAUAUAAUAAUACAACAAACAUAUAAAAACAAAUACGCCUACAACUAAAAAUAAGGAAUGAUUAUAAUUUUAAAUGAACCUAAAUAAAAGCAGUUUAAAUUUUAUUUUAAA